AUGCGUCGAGCGAAACCUCCUCGAGCCGCGAAAUCGAGCCCAAAGAACGCGGCGCCCGAGCCCACCAAGGCCUCCCGUCUACCACGAAACGUGCAGGCCUUUUACCUAAAGCCGCUGCGCCGCGAAGCUGAAUAUGGCGUGCCAUCUUGCGACCUGCAAUUGCGAUCAUAUAGCGUCCGCAACCUCGAGUUCUUCUGCGACUUUGCGCUGCGCGCUGCCUACUAUCUAGGCCUCCCGGCGUUCGGUCCCACGCCGCUGCCACGUAUCACGGAGCGCUGGACGGUGCCCAGGGCCAGCUUCAUCUUCAAGAAGUCGCAAGAGAACUUCGAGCGUAUCACCUGCCGCCGACUCAUCCAGAUCCGCGAUGGGCACCCGGAGACAGUGCAGAUGUGGCUGGCGUUCCUACAGAAAUACCAGUACUACGGUGUGGGUAUGAAGGCCAACAUGUGGGAAUUUAAUAAGCUUGGCGUUGGCAAGGAAAUAGACUUUAACAUGAAGGAGAUUGAGGGUACGCUCGAACCACACUGGGAGCAUAUGGCGGAUACCAGCAAGAGUCGCGCAACGAUUGAAAAGGUCGAAGAACUUCUCACAAGUGAGAGGUUCAAGCUCGCAGGCGGAAGAUAG